AAAUGCAAAUUACUUAUUCUAAUAACCCAACUAAAAAUCUUCUUCCCCGCUCGCGUCGUACCACCGCCCGGAGAUAUGCCAUGAGACUACCUACGCUUCUGCGGCUGCGACCGAUGCUCUCCUCCGUCGUUAAGCCCUUCUUCUCUUUCCCAGCGCUCUCUCACUUCCCUCUUUCUCUCUUUGCCCCUUCCUUCUCCGCCGUCGCCGCCAUCGGGAACUCUCUGUCUCUGUCUCCCUCUGCUCCGGUGACUCCGCUCGUCGUCGGACGCAACUACAGUCAUACCUGCCUCGAACCGCACCUGUCUUGUUCCAUGCCCGAGAGGCGUCUUCGUGUCGCCGUCCUCCUCAGCGGCGGCGUCGAUAGCAGUGUGGCCCUCCGCCUUCUUCGUGCCGCCGGUCACUCCUGCACCGCCUUCUACCUCAAAAUCUGGUUUCAGGAAGACUUUGAGAAUUUCUGGAGUGAAUGCCCAUGGGAAGAUGAUUUGAAGUAUGCAAAGCAUGUCUGUGAGCAGGUUGAUGUGCCUUUGGAGGUUGUGCAUCUAACAGAUGAAUACUGGGAAAAAGUUGUCUCCUACAUUAUUGCGGAAUACCGUUGUGGACGGACUCCUAAUCCAGAUGUUCUCUGUAACACAAGAAUUAAAUUUGGUUCAUUCAUGGAUGCUAUUAGUGGUAUGGAAUACGAUUUUGUAGCCACAGGCCACUAUGCAAAAGUCAUCCAUCCUCGUGCAGGUCAAAUUGAUGCAUUGUCUGUUUUAGAGCUAUCACGAGACAUGGUAAAAGAUCAGACUUACUUCCUUUCACAUCUCUCUCAGACCCAGCUUAGACGGCUGAUUUUUCCACUUGGCUGCCUAACGAAGAACGAAGUUCGCAAACUAGCAAUGGAACUUGAUUUGCCUAACAAAGAUCGGAAAGAUUCACAAGGAAUAUGUUUCCUCGGGAAGAUAAAGUUCAGCGAGUUUGUUGCUAGGCAAAUAGGAGAGAUGGAAGGAAUUAUAUUGGAAGCUGAAACUGGAGGUUUUCUUGGUGUGCAUCGAGGAUUUUGGUUCUACACGAUUGGACAACGCCAAGGCUUGCGCUUACCUGGUGGACCAUGGUAUGUAGUUAAAAAGGAUACAAAGAACAAUGUUGUUUUUGUCUCAAGAAAUUACUAUUCAGUCGACAAGAGAAGGCGGGUUUUCCGUGUUGGCUCCUUAAAAUGGCUUAGUGGCAAAUUUCCAGGCUAUGAUAAUCAGCUUAGGUGCAAGGUCCGACAUGGGCCUGGCUUUUACCGCUGCAAUUUCGAAAUGGAAGCAGGAGGAGACAGCGGGGUUGUACACUUGGACGAGGACGAUCAAGGUCUGGCUUCUGGACAGUUUACCGCAUUCUACAUGGGCACCACUUGCAUUGGAGCCGGCGUUAUAGUGGAUCCUUGCGACGAUCAGGGCUUUCCUGUCUGUGCAAAAGCCCUUGAAAUCGCGGCCAUGGAAGAUAAGACUAAGCUCGGGAAACCCGUGAAAAUCAAGACUUUACCCGAAUCAGAAGAAAAGCUCGUCAAUGCGUGAGCUAUGGUGACGAGAACAUCCUUAGAGUCCAAGUACGGACAGAAAUUAUGGUUCGGAGGAAUUCAGGUCGAGACGAGUAAAGAACGAAGCUACAGAUCCUGUACUCGGACUGAAUGACUUGGGUUCGUCCGAAUGCCAGUCCAUCAAAGAAUUGAAGAAUUUGCUCAGGCAACGCGUUCGGUCUGUAGGAAUCAUAUCAUACGGGCAUCCAUGCGACCCUUGUCUUUGAUCCUCUUGGUGGUGUUCUUCUUUGGUAUCAGGAAUCAUCAUCAAUACCAUUCAGGUACGUUUUCAGCCAAGUUCUAUUAUCGUUUAGUUAGUUUCUAUCGAAGAUCUAUCACCGUAUCAAGGCUAUUCACAUGAAUUUAUCCCUCGAAUUCAAUCAGGAAGACAUUUCCAUCCUUGGAACCGAGCCAUGACUCUGUUUGCUGAUGAAUAUCUCUGUCUUUGAAGUCUGGUUUUAGGCUGUCUGGUAAAUUAUAUGCUUUGAUAGCGUGUGUCA